UGCCGCCAGCCCGCUCCUCUCCUCGCUCCCAUCCAGUGGUUAGAAGCCGAGGAUUCGUCCGUCGAAAAACCUGUGCUGUACCGGCGGUCUGCCAUGGCUUCGGAGCCGGUGAUCGGGAAGCUCAGCGUCCGCGUCGUCCGAGGCCACAACCUCAUCGUCGCCGACCCACUCACCCACACCAGCGACCCCUACGUCGUCCUCUACUACGGCUCCCAGGUGAAGACUAGCGUCCAGAAGAAAAAUGUCAAUCCUCUAUGGAAUGACGUAUUGGUGCUCCCUGUCACAGAUCUUACAAAGCCAGUCAAACUUGAGGUUUUUGACGCGGACACAUUCACGGCGGAUGACAGCAUGGGAGUGGCCGAGUUCAGCGUAACCGAUAUCUACGACGCCGCGAAGCUGGAUCUAAAGCAUGCCUCUGACGGAACCAGGAUCAAGACGAUCUACCCGGUCGGCACAAACUACCUUGGCGGUGAGAGCCACGUGUCGUGGAAGAAUGGCAAGGUCGUCCAGGACCUGAUUCUGAAGCUGAAGAAUGUCGACAGUGGCUCUGUCGUGCUGCAGCUGGAAUGGGUUCACGUCGUCCCUGGUGUUACGCUUUAAGCUGUGCCGGACUGAAUGUUAUAUCGAUGUGUUGGUAAUUUGUGGAUGUUGUGGUUUGCAGUGCAUGGUGUGUGUACGUGCGUUAUUGACUUCAGCUUGAUGUGUGCACUGUAUUUGUAGUACUAUGGUUGAGGAGUUUGUGCUUGGAGUCGAAGAAAUAUGAGGGUUGUGCGUGUUAUUGACUUCAGCUUGAAAUGAAAUUUGCUUCGAACA